AUAUAAGCAUUGACAAUAACAUAAUUGAUAAUUCAGUAUAGAAUUGCCAAUCAGAUGCAAUUAAUUAGAAUUUGAGUCUUAUAGAAAGCUCUAUACUGAUUUGCGAGAUCAAUCUCAUUCACAUUGAAGAAUUGGAAAUCACCUGCAGAAGCCAUAUAUGAUAUUUCUCUCUCAAGAAACUAGGGCUAGAACUAGAGAGAGAAAGAGGAGAGGAGAAGCGCAUUCACAGUGAAUAUGAAGAUGAAUCAAGAUGAUGGAUGGGAAAGUUGACAGCAAGAGCAUGUUUACUAUUUAGAGCAUGAAUCUGUAUCAACAAAUCAGAUUGUAUAGAAUUUAGUAUGACUGUAUGAGAAAUUAUUGAUUGGUACUUCUGAACUAACAGCUUAGUUGUUCCAUAUUUCACAUCUUGAUGCCUCAGCCAUCUGUUGCCUGUAACUUAUGUGGUGACCAUGAUCCGCCUUCGACUGUGUACCGAUCUGCCAGCUCGCAUUCUCCACCAUGUCUGCAAGUCAUCCACAGCCUGCUACUCCCACACUGAGUCCAAACCAUCAAAUUUUUUUUUCGUUUUACCCGUGGCCGAUUCAUUCAAAAUGAAGCUCAUGAAAUGGCGCAGAUGAUACGUCCACUUUGAUGUUGAGAUGUAAGCUCAUGUCGGGGCGGCGGCUGCUGGUGUCCACUGUUAAUCCUGCCUCAACAUCGAGAAGUACCCUGAUGGCAUGGACUGUACAUGUACAUUACAGAGUACAAUAAUACUGCCAGUGGAGUAGCGACAAUGGAAUUGUGCGAAGCAUAUGCAAAACUCGUUCUCAAGAUUUAUCCAUGGAACUUGGAGACCAAACUCCGUGGUGCAGAGUAUAUCAUUAUGGUCCCGGCGUGCUGCUAGAUUGGAAAUUGGGGACCGCCUCACAGUAGUAAAAACUUUUGCUCAAUGCUAAGAAGCAUGGAUGUCUGUUCCAUUCAAUCACUUUGAUUGGUCUGUACUUUGCUCAAGAUGUUCAAUGCAUUUAGACAUCAAAGCAUGUCUUACAAAAAAGAGAAGGUCACAUAUUGGAUGAGAGGUUUACCAUCGGGCCAUCCACAGGCAGAGAGAAUGUUGAUAAUGGGAGAAGUACUGUUGAAUAUGACCGUGGAACCAUGUAAGUCCCUUCCUUCAUUAUGAGUUGUAAAACUCUCAAACUAAGAGAACAUAGAGUCAACAGUGAUAGAGUGUAUCUUACAGUCAUAAGCUGUUGCAAGAUCGCCUGUGUGAAACACUCUCAAAUUUGCCCAAAUCACCAAUUGCACUGCAGGGACAUACCAGCCCACAAGAACAAGAAAACUCAAAGCUCUAGAGAGCUAUCUCACCAUGAUCAAAUAUCUCUGUCCAGUUGAUCAAUCUAUAACAUGAUCAUGUCUCUGGCACAGUGAUCUCCACAUGAAAAUAUGGUUGGUUGGGUGAGAGGACAAAUGUGAUAUUCAACAUCCUAGUGUAGAGGCCUGUUAACUCUUGAUUCAUUCUCAUUUUAGUUGGAUUUAGGUCCCUCCGGGUUGUUGGGCUGGCCAAGGCCACCACCCUGCAACAUGGGAUGGGAGAUGUAUCCCUGCUAUCCCUGCUGCUCUGAGCCACGCCGGCUCCUAGCCGAUUGGACCGCGUCAAGUUCCAACGAGGAACGCUUCUCAAGAACAUGAGAGGAAAAGAGAAGAAGGGGGCUGUGCUACUCUCCUCGCCGAAACUUUGACCAGGCUUGUGUUCCAGCUGUCAGAGGGUGGCUGCCCGCCUCUUUCUCCAACUGGCUACAUUUGCUCUGCCAGCGAGUGAGACCGCUUUGGCAUAACUACGGAGUACUACUGUACAGCGUAAAAUGAUCGUGUCAUGCUUUAAAAUAGAAACAGAAAUAAACCCGACGCUAAACCAGUGCUGCCAAGCCGCUCUCCGGCACUUCAAAGCUGUCAAAUAUUUGCCCCUUUGGGCGAUGGUGAAAUCGUCUACUGCGUGUACAUGUACAUGUACUUGGUUUAUCCGCUUACCAUUAUUGUGCGCCUCUCUCGUUGUCUUUUCCUGCAUCCUCUGGCGCUGACAACCAAGGCGUGACGACUUCGGCCGAAGCGAAGGUAAUCAGGCAUCAGCAUUUCAGCGGAUGCGCUACGGCGAAAAGUCAUCCAGAACGACGAAUAAUUGAAGACUGCUGCGGCCAACGUCCAGGCCAAAACUGCCUGUCCAUGGGCUCUGUCUUUCGGGAAGAUCAAUCCAUCCAUAAAGAUCUCACCCUGUCUCAUGCGCAUCCACCCCCAGGGCCCAAUUGAUUUUCUUCAGCUAACUUGGUACCUAUCAGCAACAGCGCAUUAUUUCGGAAAUACUCAUGCCCCUCCACCUUCUCUCAAGCAAACUCUCCGUGCGGCUUUUGAUGCGAGAAAACUAUAGCCUAUCAUAGUAGAUGCAGGACGUUUAUGUGUAUUACAUGCAUCGCUCGCUGGACGCUGCGUAAGGAGACAUGAUAAUUAAUCUCCGGCAGAUAACAAGGCCAAAUCCCAAUUCACCACGGAGAAGCAUCCUCUACCCUCCUUUCCUACUUGUACACGUACAUUUACAUGUCCCGUACAUACAUACAUGUAGAUGCAUGGGCAUGGGCAGGAGUAGUUUUGAACAAUCCAACCCAAAAAACCGUCCACGAAACCCUUGUGCUCAGCCACUAUGAAAAUAUAGCUAGAAGCAAGCCACACGCCUUUCUUCACAGUUGUCUAAGACAACAGCAACCGAUGAUAUUGACAUACAGCGAAGAAAUUCCCUUGGGGACUCCUUCUAUGUGUUGUUGCUCACCCUCUCUAUAUCCGAAAUAUUAUUAAUUCUAUUCUAUUUCUCUCUAUUCAAUAACUACAGAUCAUGGCUGGCAACAUGAAUUCAACAACGCGCUCAUUGCGGAGUAACACAAUAAUUCCAUCAGAAGAGCCGUCUGUCCAGCAACUGUUGAACAACAUCCGGAGAGUAAUUUUAGAAUCUAAGGAUCAGGGCCUGACUUUUUCGGAUAUUCCCUCUGCCGCUGGACUUCAACUUGCCACCUCGUUUUCAAAGAUCCAGACAUCGAAAGGGCUCUUCCUCGGUAAAUUUGAUAAGUUUUUCACUGACUGUUAUAACAGUUGUAGUUUACACUAUACACUUCUUUAAUUUGAAAUAUAUUUUUUGAAGAAUGAUGCUGUCACAGAAUCCGAGUGGCCGUGCCAACGCUUCUAUACAAGGGAGCGAGAUUAUCGAAGAUUGCAGCGCUGAGAUAUUUAUAUAUCCGCUGAAUCCCUAUGCCCGUUUGAAACGUUAUAUGGGCAUCAAGAUUUGAGGAUGGGAAUAACUCAAGCUUCUGACACAGUUCUAUAUAGCUCUCACAUUCUGAGAGCCAACGAUCCGUUCUGAAUAUAUCAAGACUUACUUGUUCCUGCAUAGAAACCUUCAUACUACUUCUUAAUUCUACCAUAUAUAUGUAGCAUCCAGGUUGGUUGACCAGUUAUCCUAAGCAACUCAGCGCCGCCAUGUUACAGUAUGUGUAACAUCCGAGCUACAGUACUAGGUAAAAC